AUGGCAUCCGCAAAGGGGGCAUUGCGGAACGUGCAGGCGCAGGAGGAGGCGUCUCCGCAUUCCCCGCGGGAAGGGGGAGUCUUGCGCAACGAUGAGCUGGCGCGUCAGCUGGAGCAACUUAAAGACAUCGACGCAUUGCAGGCCCUAGCACACAGCAUGGCAGCAGGGGGGAAGGAGGGUUCAUCUGUGCUCACCGCGGCUCAGCUGGGGGAGGUGAUAUCUGCGCUGCAGGCGCAGGUGCAGGCUGAGGUGGCAACGCAUCAUGACGAGCUGCUGCAGCAGCUAUCCUCGUUAAAAGACACGGAGGGCGUGCUGUCUGUGGUGCGCGCUGGAGUCGACUCGUUACUAGCCUCGGUCCAGCGUGUGCGGGCAGAGAUAGCGGACCCGUAUCGGGCCAUUCAGGUGAAGACACGUCAGCUGGCCGCCCUUUACGACACCAUGGAGCUGCUGAGAGCCGUCAUCAAAUACCUCAAACUGGUGCGCAAGCUGAGGGAGCACCUGAGUGGGGGGGUGGAAAAGGCGGAGCUGGGGAAGGCGGGGCAGGUGUGGCAGGAGGUGGGGGCGGUGCACAGGGAGGCGCAGCUGGGGGGGGUGCAUGUGGUGGAGGCUCAGCACGAGUGGGUGGCGGAGGCAGGGCAGGCGAUUAGGAGAGAGGCGAUGAAGGCACUGGAGGGGGGCAUGGAGGCGAUGAACCAGGCUGAAGUGGGGAGUGUGUUGCAGGUGUUUUUCAACAUGGGUGAGCUGCGGCAGACAGUGGAUCAGCUAGUAGCGAAGCACAAGGGGCAGGCGAUGCGAGCCGUGGCGACAGGACUAGACAUGAAGGUAUGGCCUCCCCCCUUCCCCUUCCGAGUGCGCAUGAAGCUUACGUGA